AUGAACCCGGCUCCUUCGCCGCGAGACAGCGAAGACACCCAGGACAGACACUACGAUAGCGACUUCGCCAGCCCGAUACAGAGCCCGGCGAGCGUGGUCAGCGUCUGGAGCGAGGGGAAAAAGCCGACCAAGUCGAAAUGGAGACACGCCGUAGGCAUAUUACUGUUGCUGGCCACAGUGUUCCUAUGGACGGCGUCCAACUUCCUGGCUAGUACCAUCUUCGCCGACGACUCUUACUCUAAACCCUAUUUCGUCACUUACGUCAACACCGCAUUUUUCAUGAUACCCCUUAUUCCUAUGUUUUUAAAGCAUGCUUGGGACGACCGAGAGAAUAUCAAGCAGCAGCCGUUUAUUAUACAGAUCCGCAACCUCCUACAGCGCCGCGUGGGCCGCUACAAACUCCUCCGCGACCACGAAUCAUCGUCUGGUUCUUCUAUAUUUUCCAAGUCGAGCUACGAUCGCGCUUCCGGCGCAACCUCCCUCCUUCUCGGCCAUGAGAUGGGCGAAAGCCAGGAAGUCGGCGCAAUGUUGGAUGCAGAAGAAGGAUUGACCCUGGGUGAGACAGUGAAGCUUGGCCUGGAGUUCUGCCUGCUAUGGUUCCUAGCCAACUAUUUCGCCGCCGCAUGUCUGGAAUACACGACGGUCGCCUCCUCCACGAUACUCGCCUCGACAUCCUCCAUCUGGACGCUCCUUUGCGGCUCACUCAUGCGGGUGGAGCGCUUUACUCUGCGCAAGUUCCUCGGCGUCUGUGCUUCCCUCGCCGGUGUGAUCCUCAUCUCCUCUGUCGAUGUCUCUGGCGAAACCGACGAGAACCGCGGUACCUUCCCACACAAGACACCUCGCGAGCUCGCCAUCGGCGACGCCAUGGCGUUCAUCUCCGCGGUCCUAUAUGGCUUCUACGCUGUCUAUAUGAAGAAGCGCAUCGGUGACGAAAGCAAAGUCAAUAUGCCGCUCUUUUUUGGUUUAGUCGGCACACUCAACGUCUUUCUUCUGUGGCCCGGCAUGGUCGUUCUUCAUCUCACGGGUAUCGAGCCCUUCCAGCUGCCACCCACCGGCAAGAUUCUCACCAUCGUACUGGUCAACUCGGCUUCUUCGCUAGUUUCCGACUUCUGUUGGGCGUACUCGAUGCUGCUCACAUCUCCGCUAAUCAUCACUGUCGGUCUUAGUUUGACCAUCCCGCUAAGUUUGGUUGGGCAAAUGGUAUUGGACAAGCAGUAUAGCAGCCCGCUGUAUUGGGUAGGCGCUGCUGUCAUGGUUGUCUCUUUCUUAUUCAUCAACCACGAGGACACCAAAGACGAGGAGAGUGGCAUGCAAGGCGCGGAGCCGAUUCUCAGUGUCAGGGAAAGCCUCUCGAGCAGGAGAGACAGCGUGAGAAGUCGGAGGGACAGUAUCCGAAGCAGCAGAAGCUUGCGCAACGACGUCGUAUAA